UUUUUAACAGCACCCGGAUGCUGCAUCACUUGCUGGCUACACAGGAAGCCCCCACUAACACACAAGUGGCCUCUAAAGCACAGAGAGCGGAAUCGGAUGCAGGAGGAACACUCUGCACUGGUCAGCGGCCACAUGCAGUCGGUGAAUGACCGGACCGCCAGCAAGCACACCCGUCGUGUUAUACAGGGAAAGGAUCUUCUCUCUCUGCCCUCCAGCCCCUCAGAGUGAGGGUCCUCUCCUCUCCUCUCCACGAAUGUAAACUAGACGCUACCCUCAGAGUGACGCCGCCCGGCACAGUGACGCGUCCAGUGAUGCGGACGUAUGUCGCGCUACGUUGACGUUUCUAUGUGAAACGUUAGUGCAGGAAGAGUACUGUCCUGUCGGCCGCAUCUCAGUGACGGGCUGCAGGGGGACUGGUGCCGGGCGAAGCGCCCGACAAUUACAUCGUUGGGAGAACACCGCACAGGCCCGAUGGCCACUUGCAAAGCUUCAGGUCCGGAGGGUGGCUUGUCCAGCAGCGGCAGAGGAGAGGUAGAAGAUCUGGAGCUUACCGAGUUGGGGCCGCUCCUAGAAGGAGGAAGAGAGAGAAUGGGCCAGACAUCAGGCUGUGGUAAUGAAAGUCAAGCAGCAAAGGGGUGCCAGGAAGAGGAAGAAGAGGAGGAGGAGGUCAGGGUACUCACGCUGCCGCUUCAGGCGCAUCAUGCCAUGGAGAAAAUGGAAGAAUUUGUAUAUAAGAUGUGGGAAGGCCGAUGGAGAGUCAUUCCAUAUGAUGUACUACCUGAUUGGCUUAAGGACAACGAUUAUCUUCUACAUGGACAUCGUCCACCAAUGCCAUCAUUCCGUGCCUGCUUCAGGAGCAUCUUCCGAAUACACACUGAGACUGGAAACAUAUGGACUCACUUGCUAGGUUUUGUGUUGUUCCUUUUCCUGGGAGUUCUGACUAUGCUUAGACCCAACAUGUACUUUAUGGCUCCCCUGCAAGAGAAGGUGGUGUUUGGGAUGUUCUUUCUGGGAGCUGUACUGUGUCUCAGUUUCUCAUGGCUCUUCCACACUGUUUACUGUCACUCAGAGAAAGUGUCCCGCACAUUCUCCAAGUUGGAUUACUCUGGUAUAGCCCUGCUGAUCAUGGGAAGCUUUGUGCCCUGGCUGUAUUACUCAUUCUACUGCUCCCCUCAGCCACGCCUCAUAUAUCUGUCCAUUGUCUGUGUACUGGGCAUCACUGCAAUUGUUGUAGCACAGUGGGACCGCUUUGCCACACCAAAACAUAGACCAACAAGAGCAGGAGUUUUCCUAGGCCUGGGUCUGAGUGGAAUUGUCCCGACUCUCCAUUUCACUAUUGCAGAGGGGUUUGUUAAAGCAACCACAGUGGGUCAGAUGGGCUGGUUCUUUCUAAUGGCCGUUAUGUAUAUAACAGGAGCCGGCCUGUAUGCAGCACGCAUUCCUGAGCGUUUCUUUCCUGGCAAGUUUGAUAUCUGGUUCCAGUCCCACCAGAUCUUCCACGUUCUAGUUGUGGCGGCAGCAUUUAUCCACUUCUAUGGCGUUUCCAACCUUCAAGAGUUCCGCUAUGGGCUGGAGGGUGGUUGCACAGAUGAUUCUCUCCUGUAGUGUCUGGAUAAAAUUAGACUUGCCCAUUCAUCUGGCAAUAUACAAGACUGUAUUAGAGCACUAAACUGAUUUGCUACCCAGUUGUAUUUAGACAUUUAAGCCCAGAAGCCCUCUGUUAUAAGGCAAUGGUCACUGUUACCUCUUCAUUUUGGAAAUACAAGAGCACUUCAUGCACAAGACGUGAAAGGAUAAACAUGAGCUAAGAUGUAUUUUGACCAUAACCUUUUAAAUUGCCUUAUGUUAUAUGAGGAAAGGGUAUUAGUUCUAUUCAUUUGUUUUAUAUCAAGGUCUCUGCUACAUUACUCCAGUGAUUUUGUUUUAAAUUGAUCUGGAAUCUGGUGUAAACUGAACUUUCAGACAAAUUACAUCCUAUAGGAGUAGCAAAUUCAUUGCACUUAAAGAGCCUGUUCAGUAUGUAGAACCAGGAAUUGUGGUGACAACUAUGUUUGUUUGAAAACUGAAAGCUAUGCCAUACAUAUAUACAUCUGCCUACAUAUAUUCUCUUAUGUUGGGGCUUGAUAUCUUGUGGAGGUUGAUGGAGAUCUGUUAUACAUUUUAAGGUUGUGUAAAAUUAAGUAUAAUUAAUCAAUUGCUCUUUAGUUUGUAGGGUAAAAUAGGUGCUCAUUGUUUUAUUAUGGUGCUCCUCUUUUAUUAUGUUGUGCUGGUGUGAGUUAUUCAUUAGAGGUUAAUAAACACCACCACAGUGAAGGGGAGGAACAUCUUAGCAAAACAAAUCUUAUACAAAUGAUAUGCAGGGAAGAAGAAGAAUUCUUUGUUUUUACAUUGCAUCGUACCAUGUAUUCUGCUGAGAGAGUUUUUGGUGCCAUCUUACAUACCACAUAGUUAGGCAGUCCCUGAGUCAGCAUUGAGGUGAAACUCACUUGAUAAUGUUCUAAAGAAGGGGUGCUCAACAUACCCUGCCAUAGUUUUGCGAUUAGGGAAUUCUAGAACUCUGGCAGGGCAUCCUGUGAUGUGUAGUUCGACAGUAGCUGGAAGACCACAUGUUGAGCACCCAUCUUUCAAUGGUAGCUCCUUUGUAGAGUGUUUAACCUCUUGUUGACCAAAUCAAGAAAUGAAAAGAACACCACCUUUAUGUCUGUAAGUGAAGCACCUCAAAAGAACACUGCAAAUUUCUGUAUUUUUACAAAUCUACUUAUGAAAGGUAAAUACAUUCACUUCUAUACAAUAUAAGGUUAAGCAGUUCAGAUGCACUGGAUAUCACAGCAUAACAUGUCCAUUUUUAAUGGCUUUACUCAUUAUUAUUAUUUUUAAUAAUUCAUUGUCCGAAAAAAUACCGCAGGUACAAAUCCUUACAUGUACGUACUUGUUCUUUUAUUCCCUCAAUUCAGAUAUAUUCAUUGCUCCCCAUCACCCUAUUUUCUUCCUCUCAGAAACCUAAUAUGUGAUAUUAGAAUGAUGUGUUCUGAAUAUUUAGUGUCCUUCAAAAGUUGUGUCCCUUCGGAUGGAGACACUGCUCUCCUCCAUGCAUUUGAAAUGGCAGUGUCCACAAAUUAUAUUCUUGUCCAACAAAGCGUAAAUAUGUCAGCAAUAUUUAUAAAUAAUUGUUGCUGUUUCAACAUGAAGACAGAGUUAAGGUGUAUAUACACGGUGAGAUAAGUCUGUAAGAUUUUGACUAUGUAGUCAAAAUUUUAAGGAAAGGUAGUGCACAUUUCAGGUGUUGGGCAGCUUGCGAUACAGAUUCGAUUCCGAUGUGCACUCACGCGGGGUCGGUAUCGCAAGGCUAGAUAGACUGUGCAGGCAAGUCAAUCUAGACUAUCUAGUGUACUAUCUAGUUCAAAGUAUAGUCAAAAUUGUACAUAGUCACAAUCUGCGCUAUCUGUGCUCUGGGGGAUAUUCAAGGGAAAUCAGUCAAAAUCGGGCCUAGCACGGAUCUCACCAUGUGUACACACCUUUAGGUUGCAAUACAUUACAUCUCCCACAUACAGUACACUGUUCUCAACAUGUCAGGUUUACUUGACAAUAUAUCUAUUGUCCAAAGCACUGUAUACUUCUUGGUUAAUGGAAAAUAUUUACCACAAUCUCUGUUCAAUUUUUACUCCAUCCUGGCCUAACCUUUCUUUCUAGCGUAUUUAUUCAUAUUCCAAACACUCCUCAAUGUUUCUUAUAUUUAAAACAUCAUGAGGAGCAACAGUUUUCUUACUGGCUAAAUUAACAAUGGGUAUUUUAGAUUGACAUUAGUUUUGCAAUUUUUGCCUUAACUGAUUGAAAUGUUAAAAGUAAAUGGUCUGCUCUGAUUGAUUACUGUCUAAGGAAUAAUUUCUCCCAGCAUUGUAAAUGUGUGUUUUGGAUGAAAUUUCCUUAGCGAAACCUGGUGCGCCAGCCACUACUUCCCACACUCCGGUAGACCGUUUGAUUGGUGGACAUCAUGCUGCCUGUAUGAAGAAUUUAAAAAAAGUUCAGCAGAGGGGAGAAGAGUUUUAGUAUGUUAAGGAAUCUAAAAACAAGUUUACUGCAGCCUGCGUUGUUGGCAACAUUUUGUGGCCACACAUGAUGCAAUCUGGCCAUAAUGCACAGUUGUCAUCAGCUGCUCAGGGGCUCCACAAAGUGAAUGAGACAUACUGUGCUAUCUCGCUUAACGCCUCCUCCGCUUUUAAUUGGCCUCAAGUUACUGACUGUUACUAACCAAUAUUAUUCACAAAUUUUGGUCUGUACGGAGUGAGAGACAUUUUGUACAAUAACUUUUACUGUCCAAUUUUUCCUAAAUAGAACUUUCCAUGAUGUAGUUCACACUAUUUCAUACUAAUAUUUGAUUAUAUUGUGCACAGUAUUUUGCAUAUUUUCAUGUGUUGAGAAGCAUGUUUCUGCUUAUUUAACUGAAUGAAGUCCAAAUUAGUGCACAUAAAAGCAUGCGUUGAUGCAUUUCAUGGUUUUUUUUUUCCCAAGCAUUAAUGCUUUGAUGAAAAUAGCCUAAAGAUGUGCAGCAGACUUGCAGAAUAAUUAAAUUGAAUUAGCAAAAGGAAGUCCAGUUCACCUUCGUGUACAGCAUGUAAGCUGGGCAGUGAAGCUCAUGCAUCUACUCUCUUGGAAAAUAAUGACUGCUGCUUUGGUGAGAAAAUAGUGUGCUAAUAUAGAACUGUAACCUGUUGGUUUUCUAAUGUAAAAUUGUUAGAGCCCCUCUGACCAUGUGAUGAAUUUUUUAGCAGCUGUUAAUUUUACGCUUUAACCCCAAGAGGCCUAAAUUCUAAGACACCGCAGCAGCCCUUCACCAACAUUCCUCCAAUAUGAGAAAAUCUUGAUUUAAAUGCAAAUAGGAAGUAAUCAUUCUUUACAAUCAAUCUUCUUUCGAAAUUCAUUUUGUACAAAGAUGGAUUAAUUUUUUUUUUCUUUACUGUUUUUCCACAAGUAUUUUUCCUUUUCUCAGUGUUAUAUGUAAGGGAUCAUGGGAGAGAUCCAAUCCCAGUAUGGAGAUGUCAUAUUUUCAAAUAAAGAGACCAAUGUACUUGA